AUGUCCUUCAACGAAUUCCAAAAUAAACAAGAUCAGACGAUUUUCGCAGUUUUCAAAGGAGCAUUUCUUUCUUCAUCAACUCCAGAUGCCAUAGUCUUUCGAUGCCAUGUGCAUCUUCAAUCGCACGGUGCUAUGAACAAUGGUCUAUUAGUACUGGUUUUGUUGACGCGAGCUGCGCAGCCUCAAGA